AUGGCUGAACAGCGCAAGCUUCGUGUUGCCCUUGUCGGCCUUGGUCGAAUGGGCCAGAUUCACGCCAAAAACUACGCAUUUCUCGUGCCCCGUGCCGAAGUUGUAGCUGUAUGCGACGUCCGAGAUGCAUCCCUUGAAUGGGCCAAGGAGAACCUCAAUCCGGCGGUGCAGACCUUCAAAGACGCAGAGGACAUGUUCAAAAACUCUGGUGCUGAGGCAGUCCUCAUUGCUACUGAGACCUCAAAGCAUGCACCGUUAACUGAGCUAGCUAUCAGUAAUGGCUUGCAUGUCCUGCUCGAGAAACCAAUCGCAGUUGAUAUUGAAUCAUCGCGUCGUGUGGUCGAGCAUUCACAGAAGUACCCUCACAUAAAGACAAUGGUCGCCUUCAACCGUCGCUUUGACGAGUCAAACCUUGCGCUAAAGGCAGCCAUUGAUGCUGGAGACCUCGGCAAGAUUCAUCUGUUCCGUGCCUGGACCGCUGACGUUUAUGACCCUUCUGGAUUCUUCAUCAAUUUUUCCAAGAGCUCAGGUGGUCUCUUCACCGAUGUUGGCGUUCACGAUGUUGACCUAGCACGAUGGUUCACAAAUAUGCCGAGCUCUUGCCCCAAUCCCAAGCAAGAAGUCAGCAAGGUAUUUGCUGUGGGCCAACAAGUGAGGCAUCCCGAGCUCCGUGAACUUCAAGAUGCGGAUAACGGCGACUGUAUCAUCGAAUUCACCAACGGAACCACGGCGGUUCUCCACUUCAGCCGGACUGGUAGAAAUGGCUCCGAGACUUUCAUCGAAGUCUGCGGAACUGAGCAGCGAGUGGCGGUGAACCCAGGUGCCGAGAAGAACAAGCUCCAGAUCAGAGACAAGCAUGGUGUUCGAACCGAGUGCCACCAAACCGUGAUGGACCGAUUCAAGGACGCUUUUAUUCGAGAGCUUCAAGUUUUCACAGACUGCGUACUGGAUGACACUCCUCUCCCAGUAAGCUUGGAGGACGCGCUGCAAGCUUCCAAAGUCUGCUAUGCGCUCACUCUUUCCUUUCGCAGUGGACAGCCAGUUUACUUUGACGAAAACGGAAACAUCAUCCCCCCGAGUGCGGCAAAUAAGUAG